UCAAUAUUUUCUCAAGCGACAAAUUCAGUACCUACUCAAGCGAAGACUAUGAAGGCAGCGUUUCAGGUAGCGCUGACUCGACAUCAGCGUUACAGCAUGAAUACAGUACAGAUAUUGAGACGGACGGUAAUUCGAUUAAGAAUUCAUCAGUGUUACUGUGCAUGAGAAUGAAUGGAGAGCAACCGCAAUGUCGGCAGCCCAACGAGUCUACGAUGAAUUCAUGACGGCCUUGGAGUUGCAACUACUACCUCUUCUCGAGUGCGUCUCUGAUGGGCUCUUCAAACAUUCUGGCAUUUGUGUCCCCAAGGGAGUGGUUCAACUUUUAUCCAAAACACAACUCCAGCUACAAUCCUUGUCAAUCACCAAUGAUACAAGCUGCAGCCAGGAUUAUUCCCUGUCUUUGGACGACUAUAAUGGAUUUUCCAGUCUUCGCCGUGUCUGCUUUGUACCUGGGGAACUCCCAAACGAACAAGCUAUAGGUAAAAUUCUUCAGCAAAGCGCACACGACUUAAAAGAACUUGUUUUUGAUCGACAGGAUCCCUUCAGUGAUGGACACGAGUGGGAAAACAUGAAUCAGCAGAAUGCUUUUACUCACGAACUACUUAAUUUGCUGCCUGGCGCUGGGUACCCGCUCUUCCGCUCUCUGAGAAAUCUGGCGCUGUCGUUCGUAUCCUUUCAGCAUGGCGUUGAUGACAUGAUAACUGCGCUCAACUUUCCUCAACUGCUCUCUCUCAGAUUGCGAAACUGCUUAGGAAUGAAUCAAGUCUUUACAGCGCUUGCUCAAUCGUCACUGAGAUUGCAGCUAACCCGCUUCGAAGUCAACUUCACGGGGGCUUUCGUUGAGCAGGAAGAUAUUAUGCCCCUCGUUAUGUUCCUGCGGUCUUUCAGUGGUCUACGAGACCUGUUUGUUCUCUGUCGGCCGCUUCGAGAGCAAGCCAAUGAUUUUUGGCUCUCCGUUAACCAUCACAGAUCCACCCUGCAAAGGUUUGUCUAUCAGCAAAGCACUCUCUACGAGAGUCGCAAUGACCCAGAAUUGGAAACCUUAUGGGGAUUAAAUACUGUUGAUUAUAUAGGCAUUUGUUGUGAGACAUAGAAAUUGUUUACUUCGCUUAGUAACACGCUUCUGCGGCCAAAAAUCUCGUUCCUACAUAUUCGCCAGACGGGGCUACUCGAUU